CUCCGCGGUAGGCGGGCUCCUUUUCUCCCGCUCCGAAACGUCGGCUCUCCGCUGAGGACAGAGAGCCGCUGGGCUGCCUGACUGCGGGUUUAGGAACUCUCCCGGUGGCAGCUUGCGUGGGAAGCACACGGGAAGAUCCUCCAGCCACGCAAUGAGUACUGGAAUUUUCUUUGAGGAAGUCUUCUACUUUCUUGGCUAACAUCUAUUUGAAUUUCUUCUUUCACUUCUAAUUGCAUUGAUGUCUUCUUUUUCUCUUGAAUGCAGUGACCUUUGAAGAUGUGGCUGUGAGCUUCACCAUGGAGGAGUGGGCUUUGUUGGAUCCAUACCAGAAGAAACUCUACAGAGAUGUGAUGUGGGAAAACUUUAGCAAUGUAACUGCUAUAGGAAGAAAAUGGGAUGACCAGCAAAUUGAAGAUAAGUACAAAAAUUACAGGAAAAACCUAAGAAACGCAGAGAUAGAUAAACGCUGUCAAUAUAAAUUAUGGUAUAAAUAUGGAGAAAUGGAUUUUAUGGCUUCUGAUAAAGAUGUGCACAUGAAACUGCUUAGUAUAAAACCAGGUAAAAGCCUUGCAUGUGGAAAGCCUCCAGUUGGUGAUUCAUCACCUGCUGUGCCCAUCAUACACAACACUGGACUCAAAUCAUAUGUGCUCCAUGGAUUUGAACAGAAACUAUGCAACUGUAACAGACAUGGGAAAGCCUUCACUGACUUUCAGUCCCUGCAGAAACAUGCAAAGACAAAUCCUGAAGAAAAACCUGAUGGAUAUAAGCAAUGUGGAAAAUCCUACUCUGAUUGUACUGAAAGAAGUAAUGCUGAAGAGAAAUUCUUUGUACAUAAGCAAAAUGUGAGAGCCUUCAGUUUACCCAACUAUGUUCAAAUCCAGAAAAGAGAUCAAAGUAGUAUAGAAACCUAUAUAUGUAUACAGUGUGGGAAAGAGUUAAAUUCUCACCAUGAUAUUCAGAAACAUGAAAGAACUCACACUGGAACAAAAUCCUAUGUAUAUAUACACAGUUGGAAAAUGUUAAAUAAUAACACUUCAUUUGGUAAUCAUGAAAGAACUCACAUUGGGCGAAAACACUAUGCAUAUAAACAAUGUGGAAAAGCUUUCAGCCCACCAAGUCAUUCUCAGAAACAAAAACAAACUCACACUGGGGAGAAAUCCUAUGUAUGCAAGCAAUGUGGGAAAGCUUUCACCACAUACACUUCUUGUCAAAUACAUGAAAGGACGCAUAAUGGGGAGAAACCCUAUGUAUGUAAGCAAUGUGGGAAAGCUUUCAGCUGGCAGAGUGUAUGUAAAAUACAUCAAAGGACUCAUACUGGGGAGAAACCCUAUGUAUGUAAGCAAUGUGGGAAAGCUUUCAGCACACACAUUGUAUGUAAAAGACAUGAAAGGACUCACACUGGGGAGAAACCCUAUAUAUGUAAGCAAUGUGGGAAAGCUUUCAGCAGACAGAGUGUAUGUAAAAUACAUGAAAGGACUCACAGUGGAGAGAAACCCUACAUAUGUAAGCAAUGUGGGAAAGCUUUCAGCACACACAUUAUAUGUAAAAGACAUGAAAAGACUCACACUGGGGAGAAACCCUAUGUAUGUAAGCAAUGUGGAAAAGCAUUCACUACACACAGUUAUUGUCAGAUCCAUGAAAGGACUCAUACUGGACAAAAACACAAUAUAUGUAAGGAAUGUGGGAAAGCUUUCAGCACACAUAGUGUGUGUAAAGUACAUGAAAGGACCCACACUGGGGAAAAACCCUAUGUAUGUAAGCAGUGUGGGAAAGCUUUCAGCACACAAAGUUACUGUCGAACACACGAAAGCCGUCACACUGAGAGAAAACCUUACACGUGUAAGCAAUGUGGGAAAUCUUUCACUACACACCGUUAUUGUCAAACACAUGAAAGGACUCACACUGGGGGCAAACCCUAUGUAUGUAAGCAAUGUGGGAAAGCUUUCAGUAGGUGCAGUGAAUGUAAAAGACACGAAAGGACUCACACUGGGGAAAAACCCUAUGUAUGUAAGCAAUGUGGGAAAGCUUUUAACACACACAGUAAUUGUCUGGCACAUGAAAAGACUCAUAAUGAAGAAAAACCCUAUGUAUGUAUGCAGUGUGGGAAAGCUUUUACCACCCACAGUUAUUGUCAAAGACAUGAACGGACUCACGCUGGGGGAAAACCCUAUGAAUGUAAGCAAUGUGGGAAAGCUUUCACCACACACAGUUCUUGUCAAAUACAUAAAAGGACCCACUCUGGAGAGAAACCCUAUGUAUGUAAGCAGUGUGGGAAAGCUUUCAGCCGGCACAGUGUAUGUAAAACACACGAAAGGACCCACAAUAGGGAGAAACCCUAUGUAUGUAAGCAAUGUGGGAAAGUUUUCAGCACACCCAGUUACUGUAAAGCACAUGAAAGGACUCACACUGGGGACAAACCCUUUGUAUGUAACCAAUGUGGCAAAGCUUUCAGCAGGUGUAGUGAGUGUAAAAGACAUGAAAGGACUCACACUGAGGACACAUCCUAUGUAUGUGAGUAAUGUGGGAAAGCUUUCUGGAGACAAGAGUCAUUGUGAAAAACAGGAAAACCUUAUGUAUGUCAGCAGUAAAGGAAAGCUUUCACCACACACAGUUCUUGUUAAAAUAUGAAUAAAUCCACAAUGAGCAGAAACUGUAUGAAAGAAAUGUGGGAAAGUUUUCAACACAUGAGUUAUCAAGGGCAUGAAAGGAAGCAAACACUAGAAACCCCAUGAAUGUAAGCAAUAUGGAAAAGCCUUUCAAUUAUUCAAGUAAUCAUCAUAGAUAUUGAAACUUAGGAAAUUAACUUUGAAUAAAAUUAUUUCCACUAAUAUGAAAGGAUAGUGUAGAGGAUCCCUUUCUUUGUAUGCAACACUUUAAAAAAUCUUCCAGAACAUAAGUGUUAUAUAUCUCAAUGAAUUCAUAAAACAGAAUCUAAACAUAUGCAUGUGAGUAAUGUGGUAAAUAAUUUAUUUUUCUUAAUGAAUUUAAUUUCAUGAAACAAUUCAUGAGAGGAAGCCAUACGUAUGCAAUAAAUAUGGGAAAACCUACAAUUUUUCCACUUACCUUGAAAAUCAUGAAAAUACUCCCACUAAAGUAAAAGCCUAUAUAAAUAAGAUGUGAAAGCUUUUUAUGAUUAUCAUAACAUCAUAAAACAUGAACAAACUCAAAAUGAUGUAUAAAUCAGUAUAAAUACUGAAUGUGAGAAAAAUAAUCAGUGAUAGAGACAGAGAGAUAUGUUAGGCAUGAGAAACACUUUCAAAGCACGUAUUCAAAAACCAUCUUCCUCUGGUAGAUCUAUGGAUUAAUGCAGCGAAGAGGUUCUAAACUACAUAAUAAUGUUAAAUUCUGAAUGACUGUUGCAUCCAACUCUUCAGUACCUGGCCUUAAAAGGACAUUUUACAUAUGAGCUAUUGCCUUAGUUGUAUAGGAAAUGUGAAGUAUAUUCAUACAAUGAAAUUUUAUUGACUCUUAAAUCCUUCAUUUGUAACAAUGUACAUUAACAAAGAGCUCACAUGAAAUAUGCCAUGCAUAUCAAGGAAAUUAAAAGCUUGAUUAUAUUUGUUUUUAGCAUUGAAAAUUGACAACUUUAAAGAAUCAGUGUUUAGUGAUAGUUGCCAUAUGUGGGUGGGAAAAUUGAGAUAUGUUAAUGAGAAAUCAGUACAUUUUUCUUGUAGCAUAUCAGAGGGCGUAGAUCUCAUAGUGAGUACAGUGAUUGAUGCAGUACCACAUAGCAUUACAAUCUAGUAAAAGCAGUUUUUAUUGUUUUGUACAUAUCCUGUUAUGGUUCAUAUCUAGAUGUCCCCCAAAGCCUCAUGCAGUGAUAGGAUUUUUUUUUUUUUUUGAGGUGGCUCAAUCUAGAGUGUGUAACUGAUUCAUGGUGCAUUGCUGGGAUUGUGGAUCAACCCAUCAAUUGGCACAACCCUGGUCCCAGUAGACUGGAUACAACAUAGGGCACAGAAAGAGGCUUGUCUCUGUCUUUGUCUGUUUUUCUUGUUAAUUUUAUUAUCUUCUGCCACCACAAAUUUUUGCCCUCUGCCAUGUGCCACCUUGCCUUGGAACCAGCCAAUUAUGAACUAAAACCUCUACAAACUGUGAUCUAGAUAAACCUUUAUUCCUUUCACUUUGGGUGUUGGGUAUUUUGUCCUAUCAGAGAGACAAAAGUAACUAAGAUAUAUACCCAAAAGUAAUUGUGCUAGGUGAUACAGAUGCUAUCAAGAAAGAUUGUGGUAAUUUCUUAAUAUAAAUAGCAACAGAUCGCACUGUAUACUUUCAAUAUAUAAUUUUAUUAUUUGUUUAAUGAAAUAAAUUUAACAAAAUACAUGAUGUGUACAGAGAAUCAACCUUUGUUGUCAAUUUUUAUAAAUGAAUUUAGUUUGUAUUGUAUUUGUUUCUGAAAGUAGUCAGUAUUAGUUGGUCUACAGGUUGUGUGAUAUUGUUAAAAUAUUCAGUAUUUUACUGAAAUUUAUACUUGGCACCUUGGGAAUCUGCAAUAGUUUCUUGAAUAAUUUGGAAACAAAUGACAUUAUCUCAAAUUCAUGUUAUCCCAUUUUGACAGAACAUUGUCAUAUAGGUGUUUAGAAAACUUUAAACAUUUUAAAAGUACUUAAGUUUGUCUGAUUUGUCUCUAACAUUUUAUUUUCAGUGUAUUAAAUUUCCUGGAAAUGUCUUGAAUUUGCCCUUCUUUAUAGCCAAGAAGUAUUCUAUUAUGUAUACAUACCAUAUUUUCUUCAUCUGUUAAUAAACACAUGUGAGAACACAGAGGGAUAGCUCUUUGGUAAAUGAUAGAUGAUGAGAAGAAAGGGGAUGUGUAAAGAUUUAAUAUAUAUCAGCUACUCAUAAUGAACACAAUGUCACAAGCAUGAAUUAAACAAUGAUAAUAUUGACAUGAUGAAAUGGGUAAAGGGAAUCUGGAACUGGAGAGAGGAUUGUAGAUUAGGAGGAAAAGGAUAAUUGUAAGAAUUAAAAUGUUAAAUAUAUAGGCCUGCUCCCUAAGAUGAAUGUGAAAUUUACUUCAUGUACAUGUUAAUUUAAAACAAUACUUAGAUACUUAAAUAUUUGUAGACAUUUGCUACUUUUUUGUGCUUCCUAAACAUUUCUGAGUGGAUGCAUUGAAAAUAUAUAAAGAUGCUUUAUGUGUCUGGGAACCAACCUUCAUUUUGCAGAUUUCUGUAGUUUUGAAUUCCAAAUGAACAUUUUGUUGUAGGCUCCGAAUAAAUGUAUUGACACUAAUUUAAGCAGCAAUCCAUUGCAUACACCUCCAUUGAUUACUUAUGGCAGUGAUUUUGGGGUUUUCUAAGGGAUAAGCAGCAGUCACAUGCAACAGAAUGUGUGCAUCUAUCAGGUUGCACUGACAAAUGGAAAUAUAGUUUUGUUGUUGGUAUUUCCUGUCUGGAUCCUACCAUGGUUGUUGGUAUACCAUACAAUUCCCCAAAAUAUAUUUAUAUACCUUGCAUUAAUGCACUGUAGUGAACCUAAUUGAAAUGUCAGUAUUGUUCACUUUAUGGAAUAAUUAUUUUUCACAGUUCUGAAGUCCAGGGAAUCUAGCACUGAUGCACUAGCAACUUAAAUAUUUAAUGAGACAUGUGGUGGCUUUUAGCUGAGAUCUCCCAAGGCAGAGAGUGAACAAGAUGUCUUUGGCCUCUCUUUUACAUGUGUGUGUGUGUGUGUGUGUGUAUAUAUUUUUUCUCCAAUUAGACUUUAUUGGUACAUUUUAGAUACACAUAAUGAUCACAUUCAUCAUAGAGAAUUUGUACCUGUACAUGAUAUAACUUGUUUUUUCCCCAUUUCCCUACCCUCCUUUCAAUCCCUUCUUCCUUCUCCAUUUUUGAAAACCUUUUCCCCCUAUUUUUAAAGUUUUUCCUUCCUUCCUUUCUGCCUCCCUCCCUUGUUUCUCUCCUCAUUUGAAUAUUUUCUUCCUAUUUCACAAUAUUUAUUAUACAUUUUAGUCAUUAUUUACACUUGUAGUUUCUUAUAUCAGAGAAACAGUAUGAUAGUUACACAUAUGUGUCAUAUUUAUUUCACUUAAGAGAAUGAUCUCAAGGUGCUUCCAUUUACCUAGAAAUGUCUUGAGCUUAUCCUUUAUGGCAGAGUAAUACUCCAUUUAUACAAAAGAACCAAGUCUUCUUUAUACCUUCACAUAUUAGUGGGCAUUUGGGUUGUUGCCAAGAUUUGGCUAUUACAAACUGCCUCUAUAAAUAUGGAUGUGCAUGUAUUGCUGUGGAAUGAUGCUUUUAAUUCUUUACAGAAGAUACAAAGAUUGGGAAUACCAGGUUCAAUAAAAACCUCUAGUCCUA